AUGGAUGCAAUUCGCUCUUUAGAAGGAGCAACAUCAACCAUUUUCCAUUAUAUUCAUCACGAAACAUCUGUUAUUAAGAGAGAAGGCAUUUCUAAGGCUUUAUCUGACUAUGUCAAGACAAAUCCUGAGGAAAUCCCAAAGCUUGCUGAAUACGCAACACAGCAACUUAAGGGAAACUUCCUUGUAGAGCCAGCAGUUCACUACAUCCACAUUUUCUCCAUUUUUGGUGAAUUUGAUAGAAAAUACGUUCAAGUUAUUCUCAAAUGCCUCCAAUUUAUCGAUAGCAAGCAUCGUCAGUAUCAGUUUAACUACGCUGCAAAGCUCGCCGCUAAAGUGGUUAAAGCGGAAGAAAUCGUAAAUUCAACACAUCUCUCAGCCUUUGCGUUAUUGAAGUUCAUCAAAGUUGAAGACCAAGCUCUUCUCAAGAAACUCGCAGAAGCCUUUGCAGAAGCAUUCACAAAAGUCACAAAUAUCUACGAUCCAAGUUAUAUCUAUGCAAAGACAGUGAGUAAGAAGAUCCCACGUGAAAUCUACAACAAAGUAGUCAUCGCUCGUUACAACCGUCAGCUUCUUCGUGGCGGAGCUCAAUUCAUUCCAAUUGUGGUCAAAUCAUUACCAAAAUUCGACCUUUCUACUGAUGAAAAAUCCAUCAUUUACUUCAUUGUCAACAACGUUGCCAGUGGAAAAGCCGAAGAACGCGCUAAUUUCAUGAAGAAUUUCAAGAUUUCCGCUCCAGCCUUCGAUCAAGACCAAAUUGCCAACACCGUUAUCACAUUCAUCACAAAGACAACAGGAUACGACCAGCGCAAGGCUCUCUGCACCUUAUUACAGUAUAUCAACCUUUCCAAGGCCAAAACAGAGACUCUUGACAAGAUAUUCGCAUACAUCAAAGGCGAAAAGCAGUCAGAGAUCGCAGUAGAAGCCAUCCUUUCCCUUCAAUCAUCAGCUGAUAAUUCUGUAUCCUUCUUAACAUCACUUCCAGCCACAGAAGCCACAUUCCCAACCAUCCUCGAAGCAUUACUCAACACUAACUCCCCAUCAGCCAUCGAGUACGCUCACAAUAAUUUCUCGGUAGCACCAAUGCCAGCAGCCAGACUCAUUCUCCGCAAGAACCAAGCUCUUUCCGAUGAUGAGAAGUCAUUACUCAGUCAGCCAUCCAAGUUCCAGACCCAGAAGUUCGAAGUUUUGCUCAGAUCAGGUUCAAUUGAACAAGCUGUCGAAUUAUAUUCCAUUGCAUCACAGCUUUACACACAGACACUUUCAGAAGUUGAACCAAAAUUUGUUUUCCCAUUCAUUGUCGGUUUGAUUGACAACUUAUCUAUCAAUGACAAAGUUCUUUUGACAUUUACAUCAUAUGUAACUAAAAACAAGGAAUUUAUCACUGAUAGAAAACUUGUUUUAGUUGCACCUAGAUUAGCUACUUCUUCUGAUUCACAAUUACUUGUGUCUUAUCUCUCAAAGAGACCACAACUCGCACAGCCAGCAUUGGAAUUCAUUGGUUUGUCGAAAGAACAAUUUUCAUUGGUACAAACCGCAAUUAGAAAUUACAUUGAAGAGCCAAUUUCAGCUGAAGAUGAACAUCUCCUUCUUUGCAAGGAACCAAUAGAUGCUGACCAUCCAUCAGCAGAAUCAUACAAGGCAAUGAAAGAUGAAAUUGCUCAUCCAACAGGAAAAACAAAUUUGCCACAAUUAAGAAAGAAAUUUGACAAAGAAACCGCAAAAGUGACAGAAAAACAAAAAGAACUUAAAGAAGAACUUAGAAACAGCAAAGUUAUUCCUAUCAAAUCCGCCAUUGCUCUUCUCAAAUCACACUUCUUAAGAGCACCAAAGAUAACUUCUUCUCUUACUUCAUUUACUCCACAAUUUUUGGAGAUAAGAAAAUCAGAAAUAUUUACACAGGAAGUUGAUGAUUUGUUUGUUGCUGCUUUUAACAGGAUUGAUGCUUUCAGGGCUACACCAAAGACAAUUUUGUCUAUCAUCAUCUCUGAAGAUGAAGACCUCGAUGAUUUCAGACUCAAAAUGUUAAUUCCUUCAAAAUUGACUGAUACUCUGUUACAUGUAAUUUCAAACAGACUUCCUCAAUUUUUGAGUAACAAAGACUUAUGCGAAUACAUGUGCGAUAUCAACGCAAUCACAUCUGAAUCAGAUGUAGAGACAUUGUUACCUUAUUAUUUAGAUCACGCCAAUGUCAAAGAUUGCGUUUACAAUUUCGCUGUCACUUUGGCAAAGAAUGCAGAAGUUACAAGUAUUCCACAGUGUUUCCAGGAAAUACUAUUCCCUAAUGAACAAAUCAGAAAAUGCGCUUUGGAAUGCAUCGCAAAUUCAAACAUUUGCAAAGAAGAUUUCUCACCAAAGUUGUAUUGCCAAGUUUAUACACAGGCUGCAUCGAAUCCUGUCGCCGUUGACUUGAUAGAAAGAUUAGAACCACAGAGACCAACAGACAAGGAAAUAAUGCAGUGCUACGCCGAAAUCUUCAAUUUACAAGUCAAAGAUGAAAAUUUGAUAAGAGAUAUCGGUGUCAGUUUUGUCAUUUUAAUGGCAGAAAACGUUGAUGUUUGUGUCAAAUAUUUGAUUGACUUGUAUAUCAAGAACACUGAGGAAGUUGAGUCAUUCAUGAUACCACAGCAAGAGCAGAUAAGAUCAGCAAUUGCUUACGGUUUCAAUGAACUCAAACCAUUGACACAAGAAGCUAUUUCUUUCAUUACUACAACAGCAUUGAAAGAUAUCGUUCCUGCUGUGAGAGAAAACAUAAUGUCCCUCUGCAACUAUUACAUUGAUACAUUUGAUGAUGAACACAAAGUAUCAAUCUACCAGAAAUUCUUCAAUAUCUUGAAUCUUCCUCCUGUUUCUAACUUGGAAAACAACAGAUUGAGAUUGGCAUUGAUCGAAUUGUGUUUGAAAGUUGUUCAGACACAGCCACAGUUAUCUGAAGAGUUAAUGACAUCUUUGAUCAAGUACAACAUCAGAUCUCCUGAUGAAGAUGUCAGAGAAAUGUGCGCAAAGACAAUUUCUCAACUCGCUAAGAAGAAUACACAGUUCAUUGAUAAUUUCUUCAACAAUUUCCAGAAAGAAACAGAAAACCUCAAAGGUAUCGAUAGAAUCUUUGGUUUGGCUUAUACUUACGCCGCUCUUUUGAACGCACAAGGUAUUUCUUCCCUCAAGUCAAGAAAUGUUUUCGAUUACACUGACAGUUUGUCUAAAGAAAAAGAUGCAAACUUGAGAGUUUUGUGCGCUUCUAUUUUCGGCGGUUUGUCAUUCAUGUUCAAGAGCAUGGUUGAAAUGAGUUUGCCACGUAUUUUACCUGUUCUCUUGGCUUUGUACGGUGACAACAAUUCUGAUGUCAGAAAUGCUGCAGACAAAGCUUCUCAAUCCAUUGUCAAAAAUCUGACAAAGGCAUGUGGAGAAAGAGUUUUACCAUAUGCACUUGAAAAUGUCGAGAAUGAUGAUUCAUGGCGUGUACAGCAUGCAGCCAUUCUUUUGGUUUCAUCAGUUAUCAAGGGUGGAACAAAGAAUGUCCAGAAAUUCAUUCCAAAUAUUGUUUCUUCACUUUCUAAAGCAAUGAGAUCUGCAAAUUCCGAUGUCAAAGAAACAGCUAAAGAAGCUAUGGAUCUCCUCCAGGGAUUGAUCACUAACGAGGCUAUCUCUGACUUAUUCCCUUACCUUAUCGAUGCUUUGUCAAAUUCAUCAAAACUCGAUAUCGCAAUCGAAAAAAUUUCUCAUCUUAAUUUGACUUCACUUCUUAACUCCGCCAGCCUUUCUCUUAUCGUUCCAAUUGUCACUUUUGGCUGCAAGUCAACAAAUGUGAAUACCAAAUCCUCUGCUAUUAAGAUCAUCGGCUAUUUGCCAACCAUCUCCGUUAAAGGCACAUUAGAUGCAGUUAAGGAUGAUCUCAUUGAUCCAUUGUUUGGCGCCAUUGCUGAUGCAUCUCCAAGUGUCAGAGCUUUGGCAUCAAGUUCUCUUUCGUCUGUCAUUGUCGCAUUACCACCUGAAGUCAUGACAGAGUCAAUGAACAGAUUAUUAUCGGAUAUGAUCAAGAAGACAUCAUUUGCUGAGAGACAAGGUUACGCAAUGUCAAUUGCUUCAUUGAUUAAGACAAGAGGUACUGAGGAACUCAACAACCAACUUCUUGAUUUCGUUGACAAAGCACGUAACGAGAAAGACAUCAAUGUCAGAGAGUGCUAUGUCUCAUUACUUGGUUUCUUAUCACAUUUCUUCGGUGCAGAAGAUUUCCAGUCUUGCUACGAUAUCACAGUCGAUGCUGUUCUUGAAGCAUGCGCUGAUUCAAACGAUGCAAUCAGAACAGUCGGUUUGAGAUCAGCGACAUUGAUUGCGAAGACAUUCGCUUUGUCACAUCCAGACUUGAUUUUGAAUCCAUACUUCUCAUGCGCAUUGAAGGAAAACUGGAGAAACAGAUUGUGCGCUGUCAACUUCAUGAAGGCAUUCGUCUUGGCAUGCACAGGUACAACAGAAGCUGAUGAUAAAGGUAUCAGACAGAUCGGUGAACUCCUUGACAGAUUGUCAGAAACACUCAAACCAGAAAUUUUGUAUCCAACAUUGAUGACACUUUUCAUUUUGUCAAACGAUCCAGUUUUGACAGUCAACACAGAAGCACAAGGUGUCUGGCGCCAGAUCAUUCCAAACACAGGUGAAUUCCUCAGACAAGACUUGAACUGCCUCAUCGACAGAAUCGUUUCAUUCUUGUCAAGUGAAUUCGAAGUCGUUAGAACAGUUGGUGCAUCAGCAAUGGCAGAAGGUGUCCGAAAGACAAAGACAAGGUUCUUGAACAUGUGCUUGGAUAAGAUCGACCAGCUGUUAUUAGUUGAAGAUAUCGAUGUCCAACACGGUGCAUUGAUAGCUAUUCACGCUUUGGAUGAACAAAUGUCACAAGAUUACAAAUUGAGAGCUUGUUUACAAUUGGCACCUUUCUUAUCAUCCAAAUAUGAUUUCUUGAGGAACGAAGCCAUUGAAACAUUCGUUCAAAUGAGGAACUCUCUUGGUGAAGAAGGUGCUAAACAAGUUUCAUCGGAACUUGUCAAAUAUGUCUAUGCAAGAGCACAAUCUAAUGAUGACAUUUCCGCUCUUAGUGGUUUGUUGGGAAUUUUGGGACAUCAUUCUAUCGCCCAGUUGAUUUACCAGAUGUUCCAGAGACCAUUGGAUUCAGACAGACCACGCAUUGCAUACAAGAUUGUUUCCACAGCAGGUCCAGCACUUUCCACUAUCAUCACUUCUCUCUGCGACAGAUUGAUUUCAACAUCAGCACAUCCACCAUGUCCAGAAGAAGGCGAGUCCGCAUUAGGCAUUGCCAAGAAGUGCGUCGAAGCAUUCUCAAUCGAUCAGUUGACAGAACUCAGAAACAGAUUGGUUGAGAACAUGAGAUCACAACAGCCACAGAACAGACAGGCAUCAAUCAUCAUCGGCGGAUAUGUUCUUGACAGAGAAGGAACAUCAUACACAGAGAAUGUCCACCACAUCAUUCGUGCCGCUCUUUAUUUGUUCGAUGAUCCACUUGACGAAAUCAUGAAUGCCGCAGUUGUUGCAGUUAAAACAGCCGGCGACAGAAUUGCAUUGGAAUCAAUCAGUGAUUUAGUCAAGAACAUCUGCCAGGACUUCGACUCAAUCUGCUCUGUAACUAAAGUAAGAGCAUUCAAUUAUCCAGAGGCAUUUGAUGCUUUGUGUCCUAUCAUUGAGAAAGCUCUUAUUUCCACACAGGAAGAAGCAGUUGACAACGCAUCACACUUGCUUUCAAUCAUUGUUCCACAGUUGGCACAGCCACCGUCAUCAAUCAGGAAGUUGUUGGCUCUUUGCGUCAGAAACAUCCAGUUGACAUCAUCAGAGAAGACAUUGGAGAUGCUUCUGAGUGGUUCACGCGCAUUGUUCGAAAAGGCACCAAGCGAGAGACAAAUGCUCGUCAACUCAUUACCAACAGCAUAUCUCAGGAUGUUCCGCAUCAGCACCAACAUGAAAUUCCAUCAGGCAACAGCAGAAGCACUCUGCAGUUUCGCAGAACGUGUUUCUACACCAGCAUUAGUCGUCAGACUUUUCUUGCAAGUCCUUAAGUUGCAAGGUGCAAAUGCAUCAGCAACAUUGUUGAAUUCUGUUGUCAGGACAGUUUCAAAGAUCAAAUUGUCAGAUCCAGAGAGCAAAGAAGUUCUUCAGCACUUGAUUCCACACAUGUCACAUUCUAAGUUAGCAAUGAGAGAAAUUGCAGCAUCAGCUGUUGGUGCAACAUUGUUAUCUUCAUCAACACAGAUAUUGGUUGAAAGUAUCUCUAAUCCAGAGAUCAUUUCAACACAAUCUGCCUUCUCGAUGCAGACAACAGUCAUCAUCCUCGCAGAACUUCUUAAGUCAGGAAGGAAGGAAAUCCAGGAUAUCGCUCUUCCAAAGACAGUCGAGAUAUUACCAAUCAUCGAAGCAGAGGAUAACUACGACUUGAAGUUGGUCAUCCCUAAGUUAGUUAUUUCAGUUAUUAUCUCUAAUCCAUCACGUUUGGCUGAGAUGUUGCCAUUCAUCAUCAACAUCAUCGAGUCAAGUGAUGCCGAACACCAAGUUGUUGCUUGCCAGUCACUCCAGAGAUUGGCUCUCCUCAAACCAUCACUUUGGAAGUCAUCAGCAAAGGAUAUUUUGGAUGUUUUACUCAAUGCUUACAGAUUCGGAGAACCAGCUCUUCAGUCAGCAGCAGCAACAACACUGUUCUACUUGUUCAGACUCGAAGAACGAACAGCGAAAGAAACAGAACAACUCGCAGAAGAAACAGACAGUGUCGACCAGACAAUGGAUGACUUUGCUGCAAUCGUUUCUCAAGUUCAGAGUGACCGUGCUAACCAGAGACACGGAAAGGCAGUUUAA